AUGAACAUUCAAGACAGUAGUACUAGUAGUAGCAGCCAUCUCGAUCCAUCUACUAGCGACAACCAUGAUAUUUCAUUAGCAACUGCAACAGAAGAAUCAUCCUCUACGCUGUUACAUAGGCUUCAUACAAAUGAAAGACAACUGAGAACAUUGGCUGUUAUUCUGAGCCUCACGGGUGGGUUAUCACUAUCGUUUGCACUGGGUGUAGGCAUCAUGAUUUAUUGGUAUUCACGCAAGUGCAAACAAAGAAGAAAACUGCACGGCCGUAGUAGCAUGAAAGACGCUCAAGAAGAUGUUGAGGACGAUGAGAAAUCUUGUGCAACAACCAAUUACUCAUAUUGUGCAAGUUGCGAUAUGAUGGUACGAGAUCAACGACUCGAGGCAACCUCAGAUGUUGAGCAACACGAUGGCAUGUUAUUUGCAAAUACCGCAGCAUCUGUAGUUACAGACAGACCACCCAACAAUGCAACAACUACCGCAGCCACUUGCCUCAUUUCACCAUCACCAUCGAUACCGCCUUCCUCACCCGCCUCAUCAACGCAUCGCACGGAAAUUAUAGAUCUCGUCCGCCUACCACCACCCCCACUUUCCCACUUACCGCCCACACCUGAGCCAUCCGCACCUUCUGCCAAGGAACUCCAUCAUUUACACGCAAGCAGUAGUAGAUCAAAUCAGCAACCAGAUCGAGAGGCUAACGGCGGGAAUAGAGUGGAAGAAGACGGAGAAGAAGAAUUAUGUCAUGAUUGCCUAGUGCCACCACCCGCAUAUACAAAAGAACAGUGA